AUGGCGGGAGCAAGUCCGACAUCCACCCCCAACCCAGUAGUGACUUUGACAACCGAACUCUACAGCUCUGGGAUCCAUCAAGUACCUGCCGUCACUCCAACCAAGGACCUGUCUGCCCAGGGACUAGUCGUCAGCGUUCCAACACUGCCAUUUGCAAGCAACCCAACAGUCGAACCAGCUAUCAUAACCUCAGUCAACACUUCCACAGGCGAUUCUCUUGAAGAUGCGCUUGUAGCCCGAGUGGAGCCUGCUGAUGUAGGGCCCCCGCCUCCAAUUGCCAAUCAUGCGGCCAAUCCUGUUCCGCCCGCACCCGCAACUACUUCUUCAGAUUCAUCCAGGACGGCGAGUACCAGUGUUACACAUGCAACAACGUCAUUUAGCAAUGUGCCCUUCGUCACUGUGCAGUGGGUUGAGACAUUCAUCGGCGGUACCUAUUCGACCUGGUGGCCCCACACUGUUUCUAUUGACUUCAAGCCGCAAAGAUCUGUGGCUCCAGCUCCGGGCAGAGGAGAAAUUGGCAUGGGGACUUUGACAGGCAAGACCGGACAGACUCAGACAGUUGUAGAGGUGGUGGCUGCUGCUGCUCCCACACAAAACCCAGGCUGGGUUAGGGGCGUCGCUGCCAUGGUCGGUCUCGGUGUUAUGGGAGUUUUCUGA